AUGAAAGGCUACAAGACCAAUCAUUUGUUGAUUCCCAUGGGAUGUGACUUUGGUUAUCAAGAUGCCGCCGUCUGGUUCCACAACAUGGAAUCUCUCAUGCAAAUGGUUAACAAGAUGGUAGUGUUAACACUGAAUUAUUAUCAACAAAACUCGUCGGUCAAAUAUAACCUUCUCUACUCUACGCCAUCUUGUUAUACCUACCACGUGAACAAGCAGAAAGUCAAGUUUCCAGUUAAAUUUGACGACUUCCUCCCGUAUGGCAUAGAACCAGGCGCCUACUGGACCGGUUUUUACACCACCAGGGGCGGUCUUAAGAUGCACAUCAAAAGAGCUGGUCAGAUUCUACAGAGCUGCAAGCAACUGUCCAUUUUUACUGCAUUGGAUGACAUGUUUGGUCACGUGAAUCAACUACGAGACGCCAUGGCGGUGAUGCAGCACCAUGACAUAGUCAUGUCUCUGGCAUAUGCAAAUAUAUGGAAACAGAAUGAUGGUGCCGACACACCGGCCUCGCCUCCAACUUGGACCUUCUGUCAUGACCUUAACAUCAGUUCCUGUGAAGUGUCAGAAGGAUCCCAACAGUUUUUGACUGCUCUCUACAAUCCACUGUCAUGGCCUAUCAAUGUACCUGUUCGAUUGCCAGUUAAUGCAGAACGAGUGACCAUUGUCGACGGAGAUGGAAAAAAUGUGGCCGUACAGAUGGUGCCAGUUCCAGAAAGAGUGACUUCAAUUCCAGAAAGGCGGACAGCUCCACCAGCGGAAGCUGUCUUCAGAGCUAACAUUCCACCGAUGUCGGUUGUAUCGUUUUCAGUCAAGCCACAACCAGGUAAUGGACAAGCAAUGCCUACCUUGGAUGCAUCUGGAGACGGAAUCAUUCAAAAUGAGCACCUGUAUCUGAAGUUCGACAUCAAGACUGGGAGAUUGGCUUCCAUGUACAACAAGGUCAGCAAGAUGUUUGUCCAAAUGUCCCAGGACUUUGCCUACUAUGUAGGUGACCAAACCAAGGCAAGGACGUCAGGGGCCUAUCUGUUUGUGCCGCAACCAAACGGGGCCCAGUCGGUGACACAGGAAAAGGUGGAGAUGAAAGUCAUUAAGGGUGAGAUCGUCCAGGAGAUGCACCAGAAGUUCAACCCCUGGGUGUCUCAGGUUGUCAGGCUGUACAAGGGAGCAAAGUAUGCAGAGUUUCAGUGGGUGGUUGGACCCUUGGAUAAUUCUAAGACAACGGAAGUCAUCUCCAGGUUUACAUCGAGCAUGAAGAGCGGAACCAGUUUCCACACAGACUCCAACGGGAGAGAGAUGAUCAUGAGAAUACGAAGAACGAGUGAAGAUAACCCUAAAGUCUACGACCCUAUUUCUGGCAACUACUAUCCGGUAACUUCUAGAAUAUUUAUUCAGGAUGAUGACAAGGAUAUACAGUUGACUGUUCUGCCUGACAGACCCCAAGGAGGAAGCAGCCUGGCAUCGGGAUCUCUGGAACUCAUGGUACACAGACGUGUCACGACUGACGACGACCUUGGUAUAGGACAACCACUGGUGGACAAUGGCGUUGAUGGCAAAGGAAUAAUUUAUACAGGAAAGCACUAUGUUUGUCUAGACAGUAGAGAGAAGUCAACGCUACUGGUCAAACAUCUAGCUCUGCAACUUCACCUGGCUUCUGUCCCAAUGUUCGCUCGUUUGGUCGAUGGUCGCUAUAAUACUCGUGCUCCUACACAGCACAACUUCUUGAAUUCACCACUGCCAAACAAUGUCCAGAUUGUAACACUCGACAGAAUCUCAGAGAACGAGUCGGAUUUCUUCAUCAUCCGACUGGAGCAUGUCUUUGAAGAGAGGGAGGAUCGGAUGCUAUCAAUGCCUGUGGAGGUUAAUCUCGAGAGUUUAUUCAGCCCAUUUAAGAUUGUGCACGUUGAAGAGUCCACACUGGGGGGCAACUUUAGACCCACUGAGAUCCAUCGGCUGACAUGGGAGACAACCAGAGGAGCCACUUCACCCAUGAUUUCAUCGCUUGAUUACAAAGCAGCCUGGGACCCACCGUUUACAAUCAAGCUGCGGCCGAUGGAAAUACGGACCUUUCGAAUACAGAUUGUAUGGCAGGACGGGUCACAUAACUGA